UUGGAGCCUGCAAUGUCAACUUUUAAAUGUCAAGUCAAGUAUCAGUCUGUCAGUGCCAAAUACCAAUUUGUCAAAUUAGAAUCAGAUUUUUGACGUGAAUGAAGUUUUUGAAAUUGUAUUUAUAUUGCAUUAUACAGUAAAAAGAAGCAAAUAAUUAGUGUUGCAACGUAAUAUUUUUGUAUAUUAAGCCAAUUAGAUUACCCUACAAUUACUCAUUCAAAAUGACUGACGCGAUCGACGAAUACUUUGCAGUUGCUCUGGAACUCGUUAAAAGUGCCGGAAACCUUAUAACAGAUUACACGAGCGGCUGCAAAGACUUCAAACUUAAGUCUUCGGAUAUUGAUCUAGUCACGGAAAUAGACAAGAAAGUCGAGGAGACCUUAAUUAGCGGUCUUACAGCGAAAUUUCCAGAUCACAAGUUUAUAGGAGAGGAAUCAGCAUUUGAAGGUGUCAAAUGCAUACUUACGGAUGAACCAACGUGGAUAAUAGACCCCGUUGAUGGGACCCUUAACUUUAUUCAUGGCUAUCCCAGCAGUUGUAUUUCACUAGGGCUUGUUAUCAAUAAGGAGGCUGUUGCUGGAAUUAUAUACAACCCCAUUGUGAAUCAACUUUUCACUGCAAAGAAGGGCCAGGGUGCUUAUUUAAAUGACAGGCAGAUUCAUGUGUCUCAAGUGAAGGAUGUAAGUAAGGCACUUAUAUCAUUUGAGGCUGGUACGACACGAGAUGAAGAGAAACAAAGAAUUGUUUUUGAGAAUUUCAAAAUGAUAGUUACAAAAGCGCACGGGGCGAGGACAGUAGGUUCAGCAGCCUUGAACAUGGCUAUGGUUGCUUUGGGAGGUUCAGAUGCCUAUUUCGAGUUUGGAAUACAUGCAUGGGACAUUGCAGCUGGAGAUAUCAUAGUCAGAGAGGCUGGUGGUGUAUGUAUAGACCCAGCUGGGGGACCAUUCGAUAUACUCUCUCGUAGAGUGCUCUGUGCAAGCAGCCAAGAACUGGCACAGGAAUUGGCUUCAAUGCUACACCAGUACUAUCCAGAGAGAGAUUAAAUAUAUUUUUAGUAAUAAUAAUAAGGAAUCGGAAUGCAUUUUAUGUUACUUAAUAUUCAUUAUUUAUUAAUUUAAUGUUUGUUAGUUAUGUAAUUACUACAUGUAGUAGGAAUGUUUUUUUGUUUUAAUAUUUACACACAGAUCUUAUUAUACAUAUUAAACAUUUAUUUAUUCUUUUUGAUCAACCCGAGGUAUAUAUUUGUAAACAAGUUUUAAAGUAUGA